AGUAUCGAACACGCGACCGUGGCAAGCGUACGUGUAUCUUAAUGCGCACUAUUUGCUCUAUCGUUAUCACGCACGCUGCACACAUUUUUCUCCUUUUUAUAUUUUUGCGGGACACUCAUCUUUCAUUGGUUUAUCGUAAUCAUUUAACCGUUUCAUUUGUUUCGUAACAUUUAUCAAGCGAUUAUCUACAACUUGAAUUACUCUGGGUGUAAUUGGUACUGUUCUCCAGGAAUUUUGAAUGUGUGUGACAACGGCUUCUGAGGAAUAUAUUGAAAUCGCGGACAACUCAGAGUGAAACUAAAUGUAUAUAUCUACAUAUAUAAAAAUAAAUAUCUAAGUAAACACCUUUUACAGGCGCAAUUGGAAAAAAGUGAUUAAUUUGUUAUUUUUCCGUUCAGUUUUUAACAAGAGGAAUUUUCUUCUUUUUUUUUUUUUAAUUCUACCUGAAUACUUCGUGCAGUACAUACAGGGGUAUGUUGUAGUUUGGCUUGACUAAACCAAUCGCGUGUGUGACUCUCGGUGGCUCGCUGCGAGAUUUUUCAUCACGCCAGCACGACAACCCCCCGCAUCCCUCUCUCUUACACACCCCUGUGUGCUCCUGGCCCGGGGACGGAUGGUCCAAUUUUCUACGUGACGUUGUUGCGACCACGCCAAAUAACUUACUCCCAAAAAUCAUCACCGCUAGACAAACUCGAAAUUUAUUCUGUCAGUGGAUAAAUAUCAAUGACACUGCGAUACACUUAGACUUGAUAUAUGCAUUUCUAUAAAUUUUUUAUUGCUAAUUCUCAGUAAUUUAAUUUUAUCAGGGCGUAUAAAUUCUUAUUCUCAUCAUUGCGAGGAAGCCAAGUUUUUCAUAGGGUCUCUCUGAAUUAUUAUUUUUACUCAUCUAGAAAAGGUCUCGGGGUUUUUCCUCUUCACCUUUAGUUUUUAUUUUCUCAACAAGAAUCGUUAAGGGUCCAUUCACGUUGAAUCUCUAUGAGAAACGAAGACUGAGGAGGACACGAGAUCGCAAGAAAACGUGAUCUCAGUUUUCUUCUUUUCAGUGAGGCACGUGCUCACCAAAAGUUUUCUGCGUUUUCGUCAUUUGUAGAAUCUUUUAAGUGGACCAGUAUACGUAUCCGUCCUGCCAUAUACAUAUACGUACGUGGUAUAAAUGAGGGGGUAAGGGGGAAAGUGAGGGGGUUUAAGUUGCAGUAGCAGAGAAGAAUCUCCAAAGCCAACACACCAGAAGUCAAAACUUUUCAUUGGAGAUAGGGAAUAGCUAUAGUUGGUUCAGCCAAGUAUCGUUUACCUUUCAGCUACUUUUUACCAUUUUCAUUCUUAUUUUCAUUUCUUCUCUGUUUGUCCUAUCAAAGUCGUGUGUGAGCCUUAGUGAUUUUGGGACUGCACAUGCACCUGGGCUUUUAACUCUGUUCAAACAUGCAAUACCAGCGUCAAGAUAUAACCAAAGUGUAUCAUUUAUUUCUGCAAAGUGCAUCAACUUCUCCCGUCUACGUUUAAAAAACUCUAAUUUUAUUUUUAAAUCUAUAAUAAUUGUUUUUAUUCUGCCAAUUUCAAAGACUGUGUGGUCGACGAGUAGGAUUAAUUUUUGAGUUUAAAGGACAAUAAUAAACGACAAAUAGCUCGUGUAAGAGGAAACGUAUAAAUAAACGUGCAGAAAAGGAUCAUAAGUGGUGUGUAAAUUCAGGACUUUGUGUUACCGAAGCGAACAGAAAGUCUCAAGUGACCGGAGAAAACGAUUGAAAUUCAGAGGACCUUCCAAAAGGAGGUGCUGAAUUGUCAGUGUGAAAAAAACUAAUAAUCUCAUAGAAUAACAAAACUCAUGAUAAUAUACAAAAUAAUCAUUUAAAAAUACUCCUACUACUACUACUUCUACUAAUAAUAAUAAUAAUAAUAAUAAUAAUAAUAAUAAUAAUAAUAAUAAUAAUAAUAACAACACUAGUAAUAAUAAUAUAAAAAAGAAGACGCGUUAAAAUUGUAGCGCAAGAAGAAGAAAUGAGGUAUCCGUCGACAGCAGUGACCAUUCUCAUCGUAUUCUUUGCAAGUGUACGAGCACAAGGGAUCCCGCGAACAUUUUUGGCUAGGCCUUUCCGAGGAGGACCGCCUGUCCAGGUGAGAGCAGUUGUGGAUGGUGUAGCAGAACUACCAUGUGACAUACGACCCCCCCAGCCCAAUGACUCAGCAGUUUUAGUUGUUUGGUACAAAGCAUCAGAACGUCUACCCGAUUUAAUACCAAUUUACAGCUAUGACACGAGGAGUAAACAUCCGGAUAAAGCAGCACAUUGGAAGGACAAAGAAUAUCUCAAUGAGAGGGGCCAUUUUAAGACAGCAACUGAGCCGGCUAUUCUCAAUAUAAGGAGAGUCGAGCAGAGGGAUGAAGGAGAAUACUUGUGUAGGGUAGAUUUCGUAAAGAGCCCAACAAGAAAUUCCAAAAUUUAUCUUACGAUUAUUGUGCCACCCCAUAAACCAAAUAUUAUAGACGAGCAUGGGAAAACAGUUUCAACUGUUGCGGGGCCCUAUGAAGAAGGGGGUAGCAUGAGACUGACUUGUCUUGUUUCCGGAGGUCGUCCAGCACCAACAGUCAGAUGGUGGCGGGGUGAAACCCUUCUGGAGUCCAAGGAUGAGCCUGGCGAAUUUCCAGCUCUACGUAGAAACACUUUAAUCGUUACUGAGCUGACAAGGGCGGAUUUGCAUGCCGCUUUCACUUGUCAGGCUUCGAAUAAUAACAUCAGCCAACCGGUUUCAGCCUCAGUUAUCAUCGAGAUGCACUUGCGGCCUCUCACCGUGGAAAUUCUGAGUAGUGAACAUGCACCAUUGAGUGCAGACAGAAAAUACGAUAUCAACUGUAGGACAAUGGGAUCAAGGCCAUCUGCUAAAUUGUCAUGGUUCAUGGAGGGGAAAAUGCUCAAAAACUCUACACAAAGGUUCUCUGAAGAUGGUAAUAUGACAAUGUCAACCUUGACAUUCACACCAACUCGAGAAGACCACGACAAACUAAUCACAUGUCGUGCCGAGAAUUCUAAUGUCGACGGGGGAUUUGAGGAGGACACGUGGAAGCUGAAUAUUUUUUUUGUGCCAAUAUUAAAGCUCGAACUAGGUUCCAAAAUGAAUCCUGAUGAUAUUGAAGAAGGUGACGAUGUCUAUUUUGAAUGUAAAGUUCGAGCCAAUCCCGAAGCAUAUAAAGUUGUCUGGAAACACAACGGUAUGGUGAUUCAUAAUAAUGCGAAGAAAGGUGUCAUAGUCCAGCAGUAUAGCCUUGCUUUACGUCAAGUUGAUCGCUUUCAAGCCGGUAAUUACAUGUGCGUCGCCUCAAAUGUCGAGGGAGAUGGAUAUAGUGGAACAGUCGAGCUUAAAAUUAUGUACAAACCAAUCUGUAUACCCGAUCAAAAACGUAUAUACGGAGUCGGCAGGUUGGAGGAGGCCAAAGUAGUUUGUCGCGUUGAAGCUUAUCCGCCACCAAGUAACUUUCGGUGGGCAUUCAAUAAUACUGAAGAAAUGGCUGAUGUACCACAAGCGAGAUACAAAAAUUCCACUCGCCAUACGCAGAGUGUUCUCACCUAUAAGCCCGUUACGGAAAUGGACUACGGUACUGUACUCUGUUGGGCAAGCAAUACGGCUGGACAGCAGGCUAAUGCCUGUAUAUUUCACAUCAUACCAGCAGGAAAACCUGAAGCGCCUUACAACUGUACUCUAACGAAUCAAACUACAGAGUCAUUAUCCAUCGAGUGUUCGGCGGGAUUUGAUGGGGGCCAACCGCAAAAUUUUUUGCUAGAGGUGUACGAUCAAUACACAGGAAUCCUACAGGCAAAUGUUACGUCUCGCGAUAAUGCAGCAUUUACAGUGCAAGAUUUAGAGCCGGGAAAAGUACUGACAAUGAAAAUGUACGCAUACAAUUCACGCGGACGAAGUGAAUCUACAAAACUCGAAGGUUUUACACUCAAAGUUGCGGAGAAACAGACUGGUAAGCCUCUGUGUAUCUUGUUCACAGGCAGUCCCGUACCAUUUGAAAUAACACCACUUCUUGGAGUACUAAUUGGUAUUGUGGCGGCUUUACUCCUUAUAACUGUUAUUAUACUGGGGGCAUUGAAAAUAAGAAGUGAUCGACGUGCACACAGACCCGGGGAUCUGCCGCUGAAAAAAGCUACAGCUCCGAGUUCGGAGGAUCUCUAUGACGCUGACGAUAGAAAUCCCGAUGUUGUUCCAACUAAUAAAGAUUCAGAUUAUCAACUGACGGGCUCAACAGCAGGUACGCCUCUAGCUGUUCAAGUAACACCCGACCAAGUUUCAACAACAUCGCUACCUAAUCAACAGACAAAUCAUUUGCAAGGGCUCUCAGCUUAUGCGCACAAUGAAUACAACAAUUAUCCAACAUUACCCCUGACGGGCGAAGUGACAUACGCUGAGCUGUGUCUAGCGCGUCCAACAACUCUCUCAACAACAGCAGAUACUAAAUUAGCUUGUCUCAGUGGUGUGGGUGGCCUAGGUGGAUUUAACAAUGCCAAUAAUAACGGGGGUGGAGGUGGUAGUGGUGGUGGUGGUGGUGGUGGUGGUGGUGUUUUAGUCGGUGGAAAGCCCUAUAUUAAAGAAGCGACUGUUUAUGCGUGCAUAGAUCAUAAUGCGCGAGUCCCGAAAAUAGAUCAAAUAUGCCAAUCGACGAAGGCAAGUACUGUUGGUCUUCUCCAGGAUACCGGCGUUAUUUCAACGAAGCAACAUCACCCGAGGGAAGUUGUUACCGUUCGCACACCGUUGAUAUCGACACAAGAAAGUUGUGUAUAGGAGAGGGACGCCGACGCGCUCGACAUUAAUGAGUACUACGUGUAAUCGCAGCUGCGUCGACCAUAGAAAUAAUUCAUUUCAUUUCCAUGAGCCUUCGGUGAGAUUGAGAGUGAUUUUGCGGCUCAAUCAUAAACCAAAAUCCUCCCAACCUCAUUUUUUAUAUUUUUUUUCUCAUUUUAUUUUAUAUUUUCUAUUUGUAAAUAAUAAAUAAAGGAUAUCAGCGAGCUGUCGAGCUCAGCUCCCAUUGACAAUUCUUCCAUGCACAAAGAAAUUUCAGCAAUUCACCGAGAGACGAGUAAAUGAUGGAGUGUGAAAACCACUGUCUAGAUUUCAAUGAAAAUUUUAAGGAAGUAAAUACGGUGAUAUAUCUCAAUGUAAAAACAAAAAAAAAAAUUCUCAAAUAUAUGUGGUGAAUGAUAUUAUUCUUAAAACACAUUCGUCGUGCGAUGUGAUCUUUUUCAAUUGUAAAUAAUAAAGACUGGUUAAGAUAUAGGAUAUACGGGAAAUAAAAAUGUGUCAGUUUUUUGAAAAAAAAAAAGGUAAUGAUAAAACAAACAACAAUAAAAUAAUAAAAACUGGGCAUUUUACAUUUUAAUCAUUUACGACAGGUUUGUCAGAUACUUGUAUAUGUUUUGUAAAUAAUAAUGAACAUAGAAGAAAUGAAUGGUAAAAUUAUUGAAAUUAUAUGUGAACAAAAGAUUGUAAGGAAAAAUUUAAUCUUCACGAGCAAGCAAAUUGGAACGGGUAAAUAAUGAUGGAAAAGCCUAAGAUAAUAAAAAAUGACAAGAGAAUAAACUCAAA